AUGUCGCGCGCCUCGUCGUCGUCGCCCGACGAGCUCGACGGCUCGCACCCGCGCGCCUACGUCCACGCACGCACCCAGCUCACGUCCGAAGAUGCCGACUUGGCUGCCGAUGCGCCCGCCGCCGCACCGCCGCCGCGCCGGCGCACGCACAGCCGCAGCAGCGCCGCCAGCGCCGGCCAGCACGCGUCGACGAGCGCCCUGCCCGCCACGACUGCCUCAGCACAGCUGACGCGCGAGCGCGACCACCGCUCGCCAAAGUCGUCGCCCUCGACACCCGGGCGCCGGCAGCGGCAGGCCAGCGCCGACGAGCGCGCCGCCGAGGCCGAGCGCGAGGCACACCUAGCCGAGUGGCGCGACGACAACCCCGACGACGUGCUGCGCCACGCCGACGCCUGGGAGCGCGAUGCCUACUGGCGCGCAUACGCCGAGGCCGAGGCCGAGGCCGACGAGAUCAAGGCGGCCUACCUCGCCGACGCGCGCGAGAAGCGCGUCGGCGGCCAGCGGCGUGCCGAGGCACCCAUGCACGCCGCGCCGCCGCUGCGGGGCCACGAGGCGCUGUUGGAACGUGAGAGCGAGUCGGCGCAGGCCGAGGUGCUCGAGCAUCAGCAGGAGGAGGAAGCACUGCGCGACGAGGUGCCGAGCGACGAGGCACUGCUCGUCUUCCAGUGCGUGCAGUGCGGCGCCAUACUGGGCGACAGUCUGGCGUGGGUCGUCGCGCAGCGAGAGCUGGCGCUGCUUGUGCUGUCCGCCGUGACGCCGGCGGUGCAGGCCGACCCAUCUCUACACACAUCCUCAGCACCAGGUCCCGAUCUCGGCUCCACGUUCUCGACGCUGGCGUGUGCGCCGCCGUGCAGUGCGCCGCUCGGACGAACAUAUCGUACAACACCAGCGGCACUCGAUGAGCUGCGCUCGGCAUAUGCGCUCGACAUCGCCGCGGUGCGCGUCUACCAACUCGGCUCGGCCAUGACUGCCAACGGCGUGCCGGCACGACAUGCACAGGCCGCUCGGCAUGCCGAGGCUGCGCCCGCUCGAAGCGGCGCCCUCGAUGACCAUCGCGUGCGCGUGCUGCUCAUGGGCCUGGGCGAGCGGCUGCUGCGUCUCGAGCAGACGGUGCAGACGCUGCUGGCGCCGCCACCGCCGCCGCAGCGCGAGCAGAGCGCCGGCAGCUGGGAGCGCGAGGGCAGUGGCGGCCGCGGCAGCAAGCGCUCGCUCGGAGCUAGCGCUGGGCCACCGGAGAGAGGGGCACAGCGACGACGCGGGCGGUAG